CUUAGCUGUGCUGUCGUUGGUGCCGCGGGCAGCGCAAUCCCUGUGGACAUUGACGAGAACAAGUUGGUGGGCCACUUGAAGAAGGCAAUCAAGGCGGAGAAGCCGAACGACUUCAAGGACGUCGACGCAGACAAGCUGCAGCUCUUCCUGGCGAAGACGGCGGACGGCGCGUGGCUCUCAUCGAAGGACCCUGAUGUCACCUUCUUACGA